AUGUUCGAGAAGCGACGCGACGUCAUGGCGCGGCUGGACCGCUGGCGCGAGGUGCUGCUCCACGAGCCGCGGGGCUACCCGUGCGCGAACGCCGACUUCCUCGUGCCGCCCACGCUCGACGAGGCCGACGCCGCGUUCGUCGUCGUCCGAGUCCGACGCGCCGUCGGUCCCGUGAGGCGUCGUCCACGCAGGUCAUCGCCGAGCAGGCGAAGGUGUAUCCGCUGAUGUCGGGCCACAACACGAUCUGCGUCGCGACCGCCCUGGUCGAGUGCGGCCUGUUGCCGGCGGACCGGCGGGAGCGGUUCGUCCUGGAGGCGCCGAGCGGGCCGGUGCCGAUCCGGACGGAGCUCGCCGCGGACGGCCGGUGUGCCUCCGUGACCUUCGACGGGCCACCGUCCUUUGUCGCCGUGCGCGAUGAAGUCGUGCAGCUGGACCCGGACGCGUGCCGCGCGAUCGGCCUCGCCGCCGCAGAGGUGCGCAUCGACGUCGCGUACGGAGGCAUGUGGUACGCCAUCGCCGACGCUCCAACCGGUGCGGAAUUCAACGCCGUCGCCGCGACGCCGUACGCCGACGGUGUAGGUGUGCCCGCAGGCCGCGGACCUCGGCCUCGCGAUCGACGCGAGGGACGGCGCGCGGCUGCGGGCCGCGGGCGAGCUCGUCAAGGCCGCCGCGCGCGCGCAGUGCCCCGUGCAGCACCCUACCUUCGACUACCCAGGUCCCGAUAUCAUGGCCUUCCGGGGACCGUGGCGCCGCGGCGCCGUCGCGACGAACACGGUCGUCAUGUCCAACGGCUACUCAGGAAUGCUGGAUAGGAGCCCCUGCGGGAGCGGCACGUGUGCGAUCAUGGCGCUCCUCCACGCGCGCGGCGAGCUCGAUCUAGGCGAGCGCUUCGUCCACGAGUCCGUCGUGGGUUCGGUUUUUACCGGGGAGCUCGUUGGGGUGACGGCCGAGGGCGUCGUGCCCGCGAUCACGAGGCGCCUGAUCCGCCGCGCGCCGAGGUCGUCGUCGACCGACCGACCCGUUUCCCGAGGGGUUCCGGGUGGGGGAUAUCUGGUAGUGUUGGAUGUUGUUUGUUUGUUUUACUUACAACAUAUGCAUAUAUGUCUACGAGAAUAAAACCCGCACUUUUUAAUCAAUUUUAACAUCCCGGCGGAACUACGAUUUUCGUAAUGCCCGGACAGGUGGGAGCGGCUGGUAAGGACGGUAGGAGGUUCUGAGAAGUCCGAUGUACUUCAGAAGGGCGUGCAGCCACCAAUCGCUUAAAUGCUCCCGCGCCUUGUCGGACUCGAGCCCCAAGAUCUUGCUUAAAAUGGGCGAGUUACUUGGACCUGCGACCAUCAGCCCGUGUACCAUCACCAUGGAUCAUGACGCGAUCAUUUGUUCCAUGAUCGACCGACUUGCGCGAGGUCCAGAUCAAGAUGUUCACGUCCCGAGCGUGAGCAGCCCAAAGUACCCUUCUCGUGGUGUAGAUGUCAUAUACUUGUAGUUGACUAUCGGUGGGGUAGUAUGGGGUCCAACGAGGCCGCUAUGGCGACUACUGGGGGCCCUUGGGUAAUUGCGUAUUUGACGGGAACGGGGCGCCAUCGGGUCCAAAUUGCAAACUUUUUUCGGGGGCAGAUCGGCUCCUGGAGGCCUCUCGGGGUAGGUCUGGUAGUGGGUAAGCGCCUGUACGGCAGACGCCAUCGAUGCGGCAGCCUAGUGCUCUCGGAGAGCGCUGAAAGCAAACCUUGGCCUAUUGUUGCUAAAGAUGCGUGGGCUGCUGAGAGAAAUCGACAAAAAAUGAUUGAAGCGGCGGCGCUUGCGGCGUAGGCGAUUGCACGUGUAUAGUACCGACCCUAGGCGACCCCAGGGAGACCUGUUUGGCAGGGAUUGACAGGAUUCAACCGGCGCGGCCGUCAUGGCGGGACCGUCAAUAUCGCGAAUUAAAAAAAUUAUUUUUUUCGGCUCCCAGGAAGUGUCCCAUUGAUCUCUUUGGACCAUUAGCGACCCGAACGAUAGCAAGACAGCUGUAGAUCGCGUCUCGUGGGAAAAUCCCCACUGGCGCGACCACUUCGGCCGUCAGACCGCGAAUCAAGAAAUUACUUUUUCCGGGCCCCAUUACUCGUCGUAUGGAUGGAUCUCUUUGGACCGCUGGCGAACCGAACGGUGCUCUGCCUCCGGCGGACCCCCCUAGUAUGUCUAUUACUCGUGAGAGAGACCGACGUUAUUGUUGUGCUCGAGGACGUAGAUACACCUGAUACCGCAGCGCGCGCACCCGUGCUGGCUACAGCAAUCCCACUUCACUGCGCGCGCAGGACCUCCGCGGCGCCGCGCCGUCGCGCCCCGGCGUGUGAGCGUGACCGAGAACGGGCCAGUUACGCGCAGACGACGCCACGCAGCCCGUCUUCGCGCGCAGGCGACCGCUAGUCCGCGGACCAUGGCCUCCUACGCCGCCCCCCGCUCGCGCUCGCCGCACCGGCGCCCCCUCGCGUCGAAGCUGAACGCGCUCGCGGUCCUCAGCGAGGACGAGGAGCUCACGCCGACGAAGAAGGUGGCCGCGCCCCCGGCGCCGGCGCCGGCGCCGGUGCUGCCGACGGCGUCGCCGAGCAAGCCCACGGCGGCCGACGUCGCGGCCGCCGACGCGGCGCUCGCGCGCAUGGAGGCGGAGCUCGCGGCCCAGAUCCGCGCGCCGCCGCCGCCGCCGCCCGCGGGCUCGCCCGACUCGUCCGACAGCUCGUCGAGCGACGAGGACGGCGCGCCGCCGCGGCGCGCGGCGUCCUGGCGCAAGAGCGUCGGCCGCCGCGGCUCGACGGGCCGCCGCGCGUCGCUCGAGCACGCGACGCCGGCGCAGCGCCGCGCGCUGCGGCGCCUCAGCGCGAUCCUCGCCGACGGCGGCGCGGCCCGGCGCGCGCGCGAGCGCGAGUCCGGCGCGCGGCGCGCGCGCGAGGCGGCUGUGGUCGAGGCGCGCGCCCGCAUGGUCGCGCAGCGGCGCGCGCGGCUCAAGUCCGUGGCCAAGAUGAUCGACCUCGCGCUGGUCUGGGAGUGGCGCGCCGCGGCGUCCCGGUCCCAUCGCCCGCUCGUCCCGCGCGUCGAGACCCUGCGCCAUCGACGCGACGCCAUGUCGACGCGACGCCAUGUCGACGCGACGCCAUGUCUCGACGCGACGCCACGUCGACGCGACGCCAUGUCGACGCGAGACGCCACGUCGACGCGACGCCAUCGACGCGACGCCAUGUCGACGCAACGCCAUGUCGACGCGACGCCAUGUCUCGACGCGACGCCAUGUCGACGCGCCACGCGCGCAGGCUCGAGGCGAACGCGACGGACGCGGCGCACGACGACGCGGACGUGUCGGUCGAGGAGGCCGCGAAGCUCGACGAGGAGGCCCUGACCAUCGUCGCCGAGAUGGCCUCCGCCGCGGCCGAGGCGCGGGGCCGGGAGCUCCAGCUCGCGGCGGCGCCGGGCGCGCCGCGCGGCCACCGCGCGUCCGUCUGCCGCGCGCUGCGCACGCUCCGGUCCCUCGCCACGCUCCGCGUGCGCGUCGACGCCUACGACCUGCAGCGGGGCUUCUACGGCGUCCGCGUGGCGAUCCCCGUCGACGGCGGCGCGUCGCGGACGAUCGUCGUCAAGCGGUCGUGGCGCGACCUGCUCAAGCUGCGCAAGGGCCUCGCGAAGCGCCUGCCACCCGUCGCGGCGGCGUCGCUCAAGAAGCUGCCGCGGGCCCGGCCCCUGUCGACGCUGAAGCGCUCCGUGCGCAACCUCGCGGGCGCCGGCAAGGGCGACCGCAAGUGGCAGCGGUCGAAGCUGCCCCAGGUCGACGCCUGGCUGCGGGGGGCGGUGGGCGUCGUCGCGCGCGAGGCGUCCCGCGCGGGCCGCAUCGACGCCGAGGAGUUCCUCGAGGACUUCCUCUUCGCCUACGGGACCGUCGCCGACGCCGAGGAGGCGUAGUAAGAUAACACACG